AUGCAUAUUAGGACCAUUGAUCUGGUGUAUCCGAGGAGGGUGAUGGAACUGCACCGUCGCCGGUUUCCUUAUCACCCUCCUCGCAUUUUCGCCAAAGUUCAAGCAUUAUGUGACCAGCGUGGUCGACGGCAGGCGAAGGGCAUGAACCUUCCCGAGGCUGCGGCCAGGUCUGAUAUCGGUCUCGGGAUGUUCCGCCGUAGAAACAAAGGUGUGUUUGACUGUCUAAGCAGCGGGCAAACGGCACUGCGCUUUCUCAUCUUCUGCGAGCACUCCCUGAUCCUUGGGUUUCUGGAGAUGUUGAUGGACUCGUGGUCCGUCUCAAUUCUCACCAUCAAGUCGACCGCUAACGACACGCAACGGGAGGCAGCUGCUCGGGCAUUCGUGGUGGAGGAUUCGGGCGUUGUGGUGAUGCUUACCAAGUUCCAAGUGUGUGUCUACCGGCUCAAUCUUGACUACCAGUGCUCGAGGGUGAUCAUAGCGAAAAUACCACGAAACCUCAGUACAUUCUUCUAA